CAUUCUUCCUAUUUAAAGCUGCAUCGCUUGAAAAAAGUUUUCUCAGACUGUGCUGGAGCUGGUGCUGAAAAAGGGUUUGCAAAGGCUGCCCUGGGGCUGGUGCUAAAAGAGCCCGCAGCUGACUUCAUGGUGCUACAAUAACCUUAGAAUCUACUUUUCACUCCCAGGAGGACCCACAUGUCUAAUAUUUAGACAUGAUGGCAAACUGGGUGGAAGCAAGACCUCUCCUCAUUCUUACUGUUUUAUUAGGGCAGUUUGUCUCAAUAAAAGCCCAGGAAGAAGGCGAGGAUGAAGGAUACGGUGAAGAAAUCGCCUGCACUCAGAAUGGUCAGAUGUACUUAAACAGGGACAUUUGGAAACCUGCCCCUUGCCAAAUCUGUGUCUGUGACAAUGGAGCCAUUCUUUGUGACAAGAUACAGUGCCAGGAUGUACUUGAAUGUGCUGACCCUGUAACCCCCCCUGGAGAAUGCUGUCCUGUCUGUCCACACACAACUGGAGGUGGCAAUACCAAUUUUGGUAGAGGAAGAAAGGGACAAAAAGGAGAGCCAGGAUUAGUGCCUGUUGUCACAGGCAUACGUGGUCGUCCAGGACCAGCAGGACCUCCAGGAUCACAAGGACCAAGAGGAGAGAGAGGCCCAAAAGGAAAACCUGGUCCUCGCGGUCCUCAGGGAAUUGAUGGAGAACCGGGUGUUCCUGGUCAACCUGGUGCCCCAGGGCCUCCUGGACAUCCCUCCCACCCAGGACCUGAUGGCAUGAGCAGGCCAUUUUCAGCUCAGAUGGCUGGAUUGGAUGAAAAAUCUGGACUUGGGAGUCAAGUAGGACUGAUGCCUGGCUCUGUGGGUCCUGUUGGCCCAAGGGGACCUCAAGGCUUACAAGGGCAGCAAGGUGGUGUUGGCCCUACAGGACCUCCUGGUGAACCUGGGGAACCUGGACCAAUGGGUCCAAUAGGGGCACGAGGGCCAGAGGGCCCUCCCGGGAAACCUGGUGAAGAUGGUGAACCUGGUAGAAAUGGAAACCCUGGUGAAGUGGGAUUUGCAGGCUCUCCGGGAGCUCGGGGAUUUCCUGGGGCUCCUGGUCUUCCAGGCCUGAAGGGUCACCGAGGACACAAAGGUCUUGAAGGCCCUAAAGGUGAAGGUGGAGCACCUGGUUCCAAGGGUGAAGCUGGCCCUACUGGUCCAAUGGGUGCCAUGGGUCCUAUGGGUCCAAGGGGAAUGCCAGGAGAAAGAGGGAGGCUUGGGCCACAAGGUGCUCCUGGAAAACGAGGUACACAUGGAAUGCCUGGAAAACCUGGACCAAUGGGUCCUCUCGGGAUACCUGGAUCUUCAGGGUUUCCAGGAAAUCCUGGGAUGAAGGGAGAAGCAGGUCCCACUGGAGCAAGGGGUCCUGAAGGCCCCCAGGGUCAAAGAGGUGAAACUGGGCCACCAGGUCCAGUGGGCUCUCAAGGUCUUCCUGGUGCAAUAGGAACUGAUGGUACACCUGGUGCCAAAGGCCCAACGGGCUCUCCGGGUACCUCUGGUCCUCCUGGCUUAGCAGGACCCCCUGGAUCUCCAGGGCCUCAGGGUAGCACAGGACCUCCAGGAAUUCGAGGCCAACCGGGUGAUCCAGGAGUCCCAGGUUUCAAAGGAGAAGCUGGCCCAAAAGGGGAACCAGGGCCACAUGGUAUUCAGGGUCCAAUAGGCCCCCCUGGUGAGGAAGGCAAACGAGGUCCUCGAGGUGACCCAGGAACCGUUGGUCCUCCAGGCCCAAUGGGGGAAAGGGGUGCUCCUGGCAAUCGUGGUUUUCCAGGCUCUGAUGGUUUACCAGGACCAAAGGGGGCUCAAGGAGAGAGGGGUCCUGUGGGCUCUUCAGGACCUAAAGGAGGUCAGGGGGACCCAGGACGUCCAGGUGAACCUGGCCUUCCAGGUGCUCGGGGUCUGACAGGAAAUCCUGGUGUUCAAGGUCCUGAAGGAAAGCUUGGGCCUUUGGGUGCUCCGGGGGAGGACGGCCGGCCAGGCCCUCCAGGCUCCAUAGGAAUCCGAGGGCAGCCGGGGAGCAUGGGUCUUCCCGGCCCCAAAGGUAGCAGUGGUGACCCUGGAAAACCUGGAGAAGCAGGAAAUGCUGGUGUUCCUGGGCAGAGGGGAGCUCCUGGAAAAGAUGGCGAAGUUGGUCCUUCUGGUCCUGUGGGUCCCCCGGGUCUAGCUGGGGAGAGAGGAGAACAGGGACCCCCUGGCCCCACUGGCUUUCAGGGGCUUCCUGGUCCACCAGGGCCUCCUGGGGAAGGUGGAAAGCCAGGUGAUCAGGGUGUUCCUGGAGAUCCCGGAGCAGUUGGCCCAUUAGGACCUAGAGGAGAACGUGGAAAUCCAGGGGAAAGAGGAGAACCAGGAAUAACCGGACUCCCCGGCGAGAAGGGAAUGGCUGGAGGACAUGGUCCUGAUGGUCCCAAAGGCAGUCCAGGACCAUCUGGGACCCCUGGAGAUACAGGCCCACCUGGUCUUCAAGGUAUGCCAGGAGAAAGAGGAAUCGCAGGAACUCCUGGCCCCAAGGGUGACAGAGGUGGCAUAGGAGAGAAAGGUGCUGAAGGAACAGCUGGAAAUGACGGAGCAAGAGGUUCUCGUGGUGAAAAUGGCCCAACUGGAGCUGUUGGUUUUGCUGGACCUCAGGGUCCUGAUGGGCAGCCUGGAGUAAAAGGUGAACCUGGAGAGCCAGGACAGAAGGGAGAUGCUGGCUCACCUGGACCACAAGGUCUGGCAGGAUCCCCAGGCCCUCAUGGUCCUAAUGGUGUUCCUGGACUUAAAGGCGGUCGAGGAACUCAGGGUCCACCCGGUGCUACAGGGUUUCCUGGUUCUGCCGGCAGAGUUGGACCUCCUGGCCCUCCUGGAGCUCCAGGACCUGCAGGGCCCUUAGGGGAACCCGGGAAGGAGGGACCCCCAGGUCUUCGUGGAGACCCUGGCUCUCAUGGGCGAGUGGGAGAUCGAGGACCAGCUGGUCCCCCUGGUGGCCCAGGAGACAAAGGCGACCCAGGAGAAGAUGGGCAACCUGGUCCGGACGGUCCUCCUGGUCCCGCUGGAACUACAGGGCAAAGAGGGAUUGUGGGCAUGCCAGGGCAGCGCGGAGAGCGAGGCAUGCCCGGCCUGCCGGGCCCAGCGGGCACACCAGGGAAAGUAGGACCUACUGGUGCACCCGGAGAUAAAGGUCCACCUGGACCUGUGGGACCCCCAGGCUCAAAUGGCCCCGUAGGGGAACCUGGACCGGAAGGUCCAGCUGGUAACGAUGGCACUCCGGGACGGGACGGUGCUGUUGGAGAACGUGGUGAUCGUGGAGACCCUGGGCCUGCAGGUCUGCCAGGCUCUCAGGGUGCCCCUGGAACUCCUGGUCCUGUCGGUGCUCCAGGAGAUGCAGGACAAAGAGGAGAUCCGGGUUCUCGAGGUCCUAUAGGACCACCUGGUCGAACUGGAAAGCGUGGUUUACUUGGACCUCAAGGACCUCGAGGUGACAAAGGUGAUCAUGGAGACCGAGGUGACCGAGGUCAGAAGGGUCACAGAGGCUUCACUGGUCUACAGGGUCUUCCUGGACCUCCUGGUCCAAAUGGUGAACAAGGCAGCGCUGGAAUUCCUGGACCGUUUGGCCCAAGAGGUCCUCCAGGCCCAGUUGGUCCCUCAGGUAAAGAAGGAAACCCUGGGCCACUUGGGCCUAUCGGGCCUCCUGGUGUGCGAGGCAGUGUCGGAGAAGCAGGACCUGAGGGUCCUCCUGGUGAGCCUGGUCCACCUGGUCCCCCAGGGCCCCCGGGCCACCUUACAGCUGCUCUUGGGGAUAUCAUGGGUCACUACGAUGAGAGCAUGUCAGAUCCACUUCCAGAGUUUACUGAAGAUCAGGCGGCCCCUGAUGACAAAAACAAAACUGACCCAGGGGUGCAUGCUACCCUGAAGUCACUCAGUAGCCAGAUUGAAACCAUGCGCAGUCCUGAUGGCUCUAAAAAGCAUCCAGCCCGGACCUGUGAUGACCUGAAACUUUGCCAUUCUGCAAAGCAGAGUGGUGAAUACUGGAUUGAUCCUAACCAGGGCUCUGCUGAAGAUGCAAUCAAAGUUUACUGCAACAUGGACACAGGAGAAACAUGCAUUUCAGCAAACCCAUCCAGUGUGCCUCGUAAGACCUGGUGGGCCAGCAAAUCUUCUGACCAUAAGCCUGUUUGGUACGGUCUUGAUAUGAAUAGAGGAUCUCAGUUUGUUUAUGGAGACCAUCGGUCACCUAAUGCGGCCAUUACUCAAAUGACCUUCUUGCGCCUUUUAUCAAAAGAAGCUUCCCAGAACAUUACUUACAUCUGUAAAAACAGUGUAGGAUACAUGGAUGAUCAAGCCAAGAACCUCAAGAAAGCUGUGGUCCUCAAAGGGUCAAAUGACUUGGAAAUCAAAGCAGAGGGAAAUGUUAGAUUCAGAUACAUAGUUCUUCAAGAUACUUGCUCUAAACGAAAUGGAAAUGUGGGCAAGACCAUCUUUGAAUAUAGAACGCAGAAUGUGGCACGCUUGCCCAUCAUAGAUCUUGCCCCUGUGGAUGUUGGCAGCACAGACCAAGAAUUUGGCAUCGAAAUUGGGCCAGUUUGUUUUGUGUAAAGCAAGCCAUGAUACAUCGACAAUGAGCACCAACCCCCCCGUCAACGACCACCACCAUUCACAAGAAUUUUGACUGUUUGAAGCUGAUCCUGAGACUCUUGAAGUAAUGGCUGAUCCUGCAUCAGCAUUGUAUAUAUGGUCUUAAGUGCCUGGCCUCCUUAUCCUUCAGAAUAUUUAUUUUACUUACAAUCCUCAAGUUUUAAUUGAUUUAAAAUAUUUUUCAAUACAGUUUAGGUUUAAGACGACCAAUGACAAUGACCACCUUUUAAAAAAGUAAACUGAUUGAAUAAAAUGAUAUCUCCGUUUUCCUCAAUUUAUUUCAGUGUAAUGACAAAGUUGCUUAGUAUUUAUGAGAAAUUUCUUCCUGGCAGGUAGCUUAAAGAGUGGGGUAUUUAAAACCACAACAUGUGUUUAUUUCACUUGGCUGUAGUUUGAAAAAUACAAAGUAGUGCCCUUUCGUGACCUCUCAUCCCCAGAUUAUCAAUUAAAAAUAAAACCAAAAUGUUUACCCUUGUGAUUUAAAUCUACAUGCAUGUCUUGAGAUUGUGUAAUUACCAUAGAGACUCUUCAAAGAGAACUUGAGAAAAAAACCCAUCAGUUUCUCACUGUCUUAAAUGGAAUUUUUAAAUAAUAUAUAUUCAUUGGAAUUUCUGGAAAACAAAGUGAUCUGAAAUUUUUGUAAAGGGUGGUAAGUUCAGACUUUUCUCAUUCAAAUUAAAGGUACCUUUGACUCAAUCUAUCAAUAUAGAUAGAAGUUACCACAAGUAUACCACUGAAUACAUUUGCACUUUCUUGUUUAAGAAGACAUUGAAUGAAAAAUAAUUUACAUGUACAACUUUAUAAACGUAUGUCCAGGACCCAAAGUUGAGAGUCUUCCACAUGUACAAUCUCAUCAUCCUGAAGCCUAUAAUGAAGAGAAAGAUUUAGAAACUCAAGUGGUGGAGCUGACUCUAUUCAUAUGUGAUGAUUGGAAUUAGAACAUUUGGCCUUUGAACUCUCAUAGGAAAAGUGACCCAACAUUUCUUAGCAUGAGCUACCUCAUCUCUAGAAGCUGGGAUGGACUUACUAUUCUUGUUUAUAUUUUAGAUACUAAAAGGUGCUAUGCUUCUGUUAUUAUUCCAAGACUGGAGAUAGGCAGGGCUAAAAUGUAUUAUUAUUUUUCCUCUAAUGAUGGUGCUAAAAUUCCUUUUAUAAAAUUCUUUACAAAUAAAGAUGGUUUCAUCAAUAACACUUGUGAAAAAAAAUAACUGUUAGACUCCCCAUUUCUGAAAGAAGGAGCAUUGUUCCAGUGCCUUUCCAUUGUUCAUCUGUCAUACUGUAUCUGGAAUGUUUUGUGAUACUUGCAUGUUUCUUAGACAAGAACAUGUAGGUCCCCUUGUGCCUCAAGGUUUUCCCCCCCUUAAUUGCAUUUGCUGGCUCCAUUUUUAUUUUUUCUUUAAAAAUAAACAGCUGGGACCAUCCCAAAGGACAAGCCAUGCACGCAACUUUAGUCAUGUAUCUCUGCAAAGCAUCAAAUUAAAUGCACGCUUUUGUCAUGUCAA